UGUGUACGAAUACUAUCAUGCCCUGGAUUCAGAUCACCUCACCAAGACACAUCACAACUUGUUCGCCAAGGGCCAGGCCACCACAGGCCAGUACCGCAUGCUGGCCAGGAAAGGUGGUUUUGUGUGGGUGGAGACUCAGGCCACCGUUAUCUACAACCCCAAGAAUUCUCAGCCGCAGUGCAUUGUGUGCGUCAACUACGUUCUCAGUGGCAUUGUGGAUGGGGAUGUUGUCCUGUCCUUGCAGCAGACUGUGACAGAGCCCGAGGCUGAGGAGAAAGAGAACCAGGAGAUGGAAGAUGAGGCCUCUGAGGUGGACAUACUCAAACUCUUCAAGCCAGAAAGCCUCAAGUGUCCCGUGGAGAGCUCUGAUCUUUAUGAGAAGCUGAAAGAGGAGCCUGAGGCUCUUACUGUGUUGGUGCCUGCUGCAGGAGACACCAUCAUUUGUCUGGACUUCAACAACUCAGCCCACCAGUAUUGUAAGGCAACCAGAAGUUGAAGAAGAACGUCUGCUAGCGACUGACAGCUCAUACACUUCUGUUGAAAAGUUUGGGGUUGGUAAGAU